AUGGAUGAGAUUGAACUUUCAAGGAACCAAAUACCCGAAUGCAAUGAGGUUCCGAAAGCGGAUAAACCCAUGGAUUCGAUUGUUGAGAAACGGCAGAAAGUUCCAUUCUUUAGGCUUUUUGCUGCGGCCGAUAAAACUGAUUGUGUUUUGAUGUUUAUUGGAAGUGUUGGGGCUUGCUUGCAAGGCGUUGCACUUCCCGUGUUCUUUGUGUUGUUUGGCCGUAUUAUAAAUUCUCUGGGAAGCCUUUCAGCUAACCCUCACAGAUUCUCUUCAGAGGUGUCCAAGUAUGCUCUGUACUUAGUUUAUCUUGGAUUAGGUGUCUGGUUGUCGGCAUGGACAGGAGUUGCAUGCUGGACUCAAACUGGAGAAAGGCAAACUGCUCGGUUACGGCUUAAGUAUCUCGAAUCCAUACUUAAUAAGAACAUUCAGUUCUUCGACACAGAAGCAGAAAACCAAAGUAUAAUUUUCCACAUUUCAAGCGAUGCUAUACUCGUCCAGGACGCAAUAGGUGACAAGAUAUGCCACAGCUUGUGUUAUCUUUCCCAGUUUUUUGUGGGAUUUGCCCUCGGUUUUUCUUUGGUAUGGCAGCUAACGCUCGUCACAUUAGCUAUUGUCCCUUUAAUAGCCUUAGCUGGAGGGGCGUACACAAUAGUCAUGUCUGCUUUGUCCAAGAAGGGUGAAGAAUCAUAUGCACAAGCUGGGAAGUUAGCUGGAGAGGUUAUAUCCCAAGUUCGUACUGUAUACUCAUUCGUGGGGGAAGAAAGGGCCAUUGAAGCCUACUCAAACUCACUUGAAGAUGCCCUUAAACUUGCUAAGAAGACUGGCAUUGCAAAAGGGAUCGGCAUUGGAUUUACUUACGGACUUCUGUUUUGUGCUUGGGCUUUGCUUCUUUGGUAUGCAAGUAUCCUUGUUCGGCAUGGAGACACUAAUGGAGGAAAAGCAUUCACAACGAUUAUCAAUGUCAUCUACAGUGGAUUUGCACUUGGUCAAGCGGCCCCGAACCUUGCAGCCAUUUCUAAAGGCCGUGGUGCCGUUGCAAAUAUACUAAAGAUGAUUGAAAACGAUUACAGCCCAUCCGAAAAUCAGGACGAGGGUAUUGUACUGCAAAGAGUCGAUGGAAAAAUUGAUUUUUGUGACGUCUGUUUUGCCUACCCCUCUCGACCCGCGAUGGUUAUUGAUGAUCUGAACUUCUCAGCUUCUGCUGGAAAAUCAUUAGCAAUAGUUGGUCAAAGUGGUUCUGGAAAGAGCACCAUAAUAUCCAUGAUACAGAGGUUCUACAAUCCAAAUUCAGGAAGAAUUUUGCUCGACGGGCAUGACUUGGAACAGCUUCAGUUAAAGUGGUUAAGGUCACAGAUAGGACUUGUUAGCCAAGAACCGGCUCUAUUUGCCACGACUAUAGCCGAUAAUAUCAUGUUUGGGAAAGAAGGUGCCGAUAUGGAUCAAGUAAUCGAGGCUGCAAAAUUUUCUAACGCACAUCCUUUUAUUCAAGGUUUACCCGAUGGGUAUCAAACUCAGGUGGGAGAAGGUGGUACACAGCUAUCGGGAGGUCAAAAGCAGAGAAUUGCUAUUGCCAGGGCAAUUUUGCGCGAUCCGAGGAUCUUACUCUUGGACGAGGCCACUAGUGCACUUGAUGCCGAAUCAGAAUUACUUGUUCAACAAGCAUUAGACUCAGUCAUGGCAAACAGGACAACUAUAAUUAUCGCCCACAGAUUAUCCACCAUUCGAGACGCCGAUAAUAUUAUCAUUCUUAAAAACGGCAAAGUUGUCCAAACCGGGACACACAAAGAACUAAUGUCAAAACCCGGGGAAUAUUCAUCUCUGGUGCACCUUCAAGUAUCAGAACAAAAAACGAAUUCUGUUUCGUAUAAUCUUCCCAAAACGAGCACUUUUGUUGAAGAAUGUCAGCAGAAGUUGAAACUGAACACUUGCAACGAGGUGGAAAAGGGUAAUUCUGACAUUUCUACUCGAGAAAUAACGGACUCGAGUCCAGUUUGGGAGCUAAUCAAGCUUAACUCACCGGAAUGGCCUUAUGCCCUGUUUGGCUCGUUGGGCGCUAUCUUGGCCGGAAUGGAGGCACCUCUUUUUGCUCUUGCGAUUACGCAUGUUUUGACUGUUUUUUACUCGCGUGACGAUUCUGAAAUCAAAAGGGAGGUCAGGGAUAUUUCCUUCAUAUUCAUCGGGGCUGCAUUCGUGACUAUAUUUAUAUAUUUGCUGCAACAUUAUUUCUACACGUUAAUGGGCGAGCGCCUUAUUGCGCGUGUUCGCCUGAAAAUGUUUUCAGCAAUACUUUCUAAUGAAAUCGGAUGGUUUGACAAAAACGAGAACAACACUGGCACAUUGGCAUCCAAGUUAGCUACUGACGCGACGUUAGUACGAACCGCAUUAGCCGAUCGAAUAUCGACACUUGUCCAAAAUACGGCGUUAGUUAUAACCGCAUUCGUGAUCGCUUUUGUGCUGAGCUGGCGGAUUGCGGCUGUUGUGAUUGCCACUUUUCCUCUUCUCAUCGGUGCAAACAUAGCUGAGCAACUAUUUCUCAAGGGCUUCGGAGGGGAUUACGCGAGUGCAUAUCACGAAGCGACUGAAGUUGCACGCGAAGCACUCGCCAACAUACGAACCGUGGCUGCCUUCAGUGCCGAAGCCCAAACAACAGCCCGAUUUGCUUCCAAGCUUCACGGGCCGAGAAAACGGGCCCUACUCCGCGGCCACGUAUUGGGCUUCGGCUAUGGAAUAUCACUUUUCUUCGCGUACUCCUCGUACGCCGUGGGACUCUGGUACGCAUCGAUCCUCAUCCGGGACAAAAAGUCCGAAUUCGGCAACAUCAUGAAAUCUUUCAUGGUGCUUGUCAUAACCGCGCUAGCCGUGGCCGAGACGCUAGCCCUCGCGCCAAAUUUAGUCAAGGGAUCCCAAGUUCUAGUCUCGGUUUUUGAUAUUCUCCGAAGGAAAACGAUAAUCGACCCGAACGACUCCUCGUCCACUGUACUCACGCAUAUUCGAGGAGACAUCGAGUUUAAAAACGUGAGCUUUAGGUACCCCACGAGGCCCGAUAUAUCAGUUCUCGACGGAUUAAACCUGAAAGUGGCAAGAGGCGAGAGCAUGGCCAUUGUGGGCCCAAGCGGCUCGGGAAAAAGCACGGUAAUCUCUCUGCUGCUAAGAUUUUACGAACCCGACUCGGGAAAUGUUCUGAUCGAUGGGUAUGACAUUAGGACCUUAAAUUUAAAAUCUUUACGAGCAAAAAUCGGGUUAGUACAACAAGAACCGGCUUUAUUCUCCACGACAAUAUACGAGAACGUAAAGUACGGGCAUCCGAACGCUUCUGAAAUCGAGAUAACCGAUGCUUGUAAAGCGGCGAACGUGCACGAGUUUGUGAGCCGAAUGCCGGAGGGUUACUCGACCCGAGUCGGGGAAAAAGGGGUGCAGCUUUCUGGGGGCCAAAAGCAAAGGGUUGCGAUAGCGAGGGCCAUUCUGAAAGACCCGACGGUUCUUCUUCUGGACGAGGCGACGAGCGCGCUCGACACGGAUUCGGAGGCUCGGGUUUGGGAGGCGUUGGGUAGGGUUAUGAGGGGACGAACGACGGUGCUCGUGGCCCACCGGCUGUCGACUGUCAUGGGCGUCAAUGUAAUUACUGUUGUGCAGAAUGGGAAGGCUGUGGAGAGUGGGAGCCAUGAGGAGUUGGUCGGGAGAGAGGGUGGUGUUUAUUCUCAGCUGGUGAGUUUGCAGUGUGAGGAGAAAAAUGCAUGA